AGGAGUUAAGAAGGGAGAGGUGGAGGAAGAGGAGGAGGGGAAUAGCAUGACCAAGUGAGUGAGCAAUCAAAGCAGAGAGAGAGAGAGAGAGAGAGAGAGAGAGAGAGAGAGAGAGAGAGAGAGAGAGAGAGCCCUCCGAAUUGUGAGUGGCUUACGACACUCAGUGAACAGUCUGUGUUUCUGCAUGCACUGUCAGUGUGCCGGUCUGCUGCGAGGGAUUGCGCGCUCCUUUGCCUUCCAUAUUUACCGCCCCUGCUUGCCUACCAGCACUAACCUUCAGCACCCUCUUCCAGUCGGCUGAAAAAUCACUCGGAGAACAAGAGAGAGAGUGAAACCUGCGUGCCGCGAAGGAUGCAAGAGGCGCUGAUGCGAUUUUUCUUUUUUUUUUUUUUUUCUUUUUGAAUCAAGAUGAACAACUGACAUGGAAUAUUGUCACAUAAGAAUACCGUGAACUGAUUUCACCUCUUUAUUUGAUUUGAUUAUUUAUUUUUCUCACCAGCAUCGACCACUGAAAGCAUGAUUAACCGCUGGGACGGAUUUAAACCGCACAAGUUAACGAUUGCUUCCAGAGAUGGGCGACAAUAAAUAUCCUUGCAGACCUGCUGAAACUUAAGCAAGUCGGGGAGGAGAAAAGAAAAAAAAAAGCUAUUUCAAACAAUGUACUCUUCUCCUCAUGAUCAUUGCAGCAGAGGACUGCGGAGAAGCUGAGGAGACUGAGCUGAGGCACGCAGACUGGGGAACUUGCGCUUUCUACCAUCUCCCCACUUGGAUUCCUUCUCUUUCUGUCUCUUUCACUUGAGGAGAACUAAGACAUUGUAAGCCUGCCAAGGAUCUGGUGUCCACUGAAAGGAGAGCGGGGAGGGGGUGAUGGUGAAUUUGUAUCACAGUGGGGUCCUUUUUAGAUCCACACAUAAUUAGUGUCGGGGCACAAAGCGAGACGCUGAAUGGAGAUUGUCAGCUCUUGGAUAGGGGUGAGUAGGAAUCUUUUCAGAUAAGAUCAAUCCAUGAGGACAUUUCUUUUUUUCAUCUCUCCUCUCCACCCACCGUUUGAUCUAUACCAUAAACGAAGAGACUUUAUCUUUUGCAUUUCGGACAAGGAUUUUCUUAGCGGACUAAGUGAAAAAAAAACAAAUCCUGUGUUAAGCUAAAAUACAUACAAGAGGGCGGGGGCGGGGGAGGGAAGCAAACGAAAAAAAAAAAAGUCAAAUAUGAUGCGCGACAUAUGAUGUGAUAGGUGGACAAACAAUAUCCAGAGUGAAUGGACAUUUGCUUGGUCAAAUCCCUGGAUAUUUAUGCUGAUGGAUUUCCUUUUAAUUGGACUGUAUUUAAAGUGGCCGGUGAAGAAGCCCCCUGGGUUGAUCCUGUGUUCAUUGGGGAUUUUUUUAAGACUGGUACCCAUGGUGGAGGGGGUUUGUCCGAGGCUGUGCCGCUGCGACAGCAAGCUGCUGUACUGCGAGGGCUUGAACCUCACAGACAUUCCCCAAAAUCUGAGCAGCGCCAUGGGCUUGUCCAUGAGAGAGAACAACUUGACUGAGCUGCGUGAAGGCCAACUGGCUGGCCUGUCACAGCUCACCUGGCUCUACCUUGACCACAACAACAUUGACAUUGUGGAGGAGGCGGCAUUUGACAAGCUAAGACGAGUCAAGGAAUUAGACCUGAGCAGCAACCGAAUUGAGAGUCUGCCAAAUGGUACCUUUAGGCCCCUCCCAAACUUGCGCAUCUUGGACGUCUCGUACAACAGGCUGCAGGCCCUCGAGCCCGACUUGUUUCAUGGCCUUAGAAAGCUCACCAAUCUGCAUUUGCGCUACAACGCUCUCAAGUUUGUGCCAGUGCGAAUUUUUCAAGACUGCCGGAGCAUGCAGUUUCUCGACUUGGGAUACAACCAACUGCAGAGUCUGGCACGGAACUCCUUCGCUGGACUUUUCAAGUUGACAGAGUUGCAUCUUGAGCACAACGAGCUGGUGAAAGUCAACCUCGCCCAUUUCCCUCGCCUGAUCUCUUUGCGUACGCUAUAUAUGCACAAUAACCGCGCAACUAUUGUUGUCAACACCCUGGAAUGGACAUGGCAUUUCUUGGAUAAGAUUGAUUUAUCUGCUAAUGAAAUCGAAUACAUUGAGCCACAUGUUUUUGAGAGCGCACCCAACCUCAAGGUAUUGAUGCUCGACUCCAAUCGGCUGACUUCCGUGGAUCAGCGCAUCUUGGACUCGUGGUCCUCCCUGAGCAGCAUUACCCUGGGAGGGAACGACUGGGAGUGCAGCCGCAAUGUUUGUGCCUUGGCCUCGUGGCUGAGUGCCUUUCGAGGCCAACGUGACAAUUCACUGCUGUGUUCAAGCCCAGACACGGCACAAGGUGAGGAUGUCUUGGAUGCUGUCUAUGCGUUUCAGCUCUGCGAAGAUCCCCCACUGGAAGUUACCUCAGCGGGGCUGUAUGCCUCCACAAGGGACCUGGUCCAAGGAGGCUCCGUGUUCCUUGGCCCAUUUACACCCAACCCUUAUGAUGGUGAGGACGGUGAAGUGGUCACCAGUUCUUUCACCGUCACAGUGGGACAUGACGACCUGGAGAGUACCAUGCAGAUCCACAAGGUUGUGACUGGCACGAUGGCACUCAUCUUUUCCUUCCUCAUCAUUGUGCUCAUGUUGUACGUGUCGUGGAAGUGCUUUCCAGCCGGAAUAAGGCAACUGAGGCAGUGCUUCAGCAGUCAGCGUCGUAAACAGAAGCAGAAGCAAAACAUGCAGCAGAUGGCUACAAUUUCAACACCGGAGUACUAUGUUGACUAUAAGCCCAACCAUAUUGAAGGAGCUCUGGUCAUCAUAAACGAAUACGGCUCCUGUACUUGCCAACAGCAGCCUUCUCGGGAAUGUGAGGUGUGACCCGGGCUGACCAUACGUUGCCACCCUCAUUGAUGAUCGGCUAUGUUUUUUUGGGACACAUUGGAACAGAAGGAUUCGAUGUAUAUUUUGGCCACAUUUUACGCAGCUUCUCACUGUGAUAUGGAAUGAGUUUGCUUCAUGCAGCCCAUCAUUUUGCUGUGGAUUUCCUGCUGUUUCUUUACUGAUUUGAGGUUACAAGGCAAAAUGGGCUUGUGACUUUGGGAACUGUCCAUAUUAUAGCAACACUGAGAGGAAUACAUUAGAAGCUGUGCACACUUUUUUGUUUUUUCCCAUGACUGAUGGAUAUUUUAGCUUUAAUGUGUCUUUCUACUACAGGACAUGCAGUUCAGCUGUGGACACACACACACACACACACACACACACACACACACACACACACACACACACACACACACACACGUAUGAAAUAAAAACAUUUGUAUGAUGGCAAACAAUAUUUGACAAGGAUUUAACACAUAAAAAAACAUAUUUAAGUUGGAUUAAAAAUGUAAAGAGACAACUGUGUAAAAAUGUUAAAAGAAGUGCAACUGUGGAUAAAACUGAACAAGAUAUUUCUUUUGUAAAUGCAAAAAAAAAAAGUUCAAAUAAAUGACUUGCUAUUCACAGUGAAAUCAUUUGUAUGUGAGACGCUUAGGAGAAAGGAUGGAUGACAACUGCGCUUGGCGAGUCAUACCUCUGCAAUCCUUUGACCAAAAAAAAAAAAAAAUGCAAAACUAGCUCACCAACUAGAUAUGAAAAGGGCAGAGAGAUAUUUUCAUCUGAAAUGUAAUGUCUAUGAUCUACAUUUGACUCAAUCUAUUUUUAAGUCACAUGUGUGUUGCUUUAUGAUUCACUGUGUUGGUUCACGAGCAGUGGCGUUUGACUGUCUUUUGCUUUAAAAUAACUUGAUCAGGUGAUUACAUUUUGAUCAGCUGGAACACAUUCAUGUGAUAUUAUCUGUGUACCAUCAAAGUAAAACAAGCAGAAUGUCAAACAU